AUGGCCGACACAGAGGUCUCCAAGGAGAGUGAUGCUAAAUGCGGGCCGGAAGCGGGUCCUUGCCAGGAUCCGGCACAGAGCAGCCCCCACAACGAUCUCGACACUUCUUAUGUAUUUGUGUCGGGGACUGACAGCCUUCCCGAAGAUGAUGAUGAUGAUGAUGAUACUCUCAACAAAAAUAAGGAUGUUGAAGCGGCAGAUCCUGAUUCUAGAGACCCCCCUGCCCCUGCCAAGGAGGAGGUAAAUGUGAAUGAUGAUGAUUAUGAUAUUGGUUAUUCUCUUGCUCAAACAAUCGAAGCUGAGGUGCCGAAUCUGGAAUCUCAAAUUGUGGGAUCGGGAUCGGGAUCGGGAUCGGGAGUGUGUCGGGUAUUGCAAGAUGUGGUGGUGGCUGAGCCUGAAUUGAGGGCGGGUCCCACCGAGGACGGGGUGAAGCUAACGAGUCCAGUGGCAGAGAAUGAAGCUUCGUUACACGUGGAUUUUGAUAGGACCACGACAGACGUGUCCGAGCAUGAAUUGGCCGAGGACAAAGCAGAAGCUGUUGAACUCAAAGUCCCCGUGUCGACUUCCAUGAAUUUUGAUGAAAUAAAUGUGGUUGAGGAUGUUGUUCAUCCUACAUUGCAGGGGACAAGUGCGGAGAAGGAGCAGGUAAUAUUAUCAAAACAGUUGUUGGAAAAUGGGGAAAUUCACUCCUCAACUUCCUUGGAUGCGGACUUGGGGUCGAGUCCGGUAAAUAUUAAAGAAGAAGAGACUGACUUGGUCGAGUGUAAAUUGCACGAUGAUGAAAUAAAGUUAUCAGGUGAUGUGGCCGUGGAAGCUUCAGAACAUGAAGUUCCCUUAUCGGUUUCCUUGGGUUUGGACUCUGGGUUGAAUCCAAUGAGUGCCAAGGGAGAAACAGGCCUGGCUGUGGAUGUUGAUGAGCUUGAAUUGCGAGAUGAGAGCGUGAAGACCGAGAACAAGAUAAAUUCAUCACAAGUGCUGGAAAAUGGGGAACACGAAAUUACCCCUCCAACUUCGUUUGAUUUGGGGUCUAAUUUGAAUAAUACCAGGGAAAAUGUACAAGUGGCUGAGGAUGUUGAGCGUGAAAUGCAGGAAACUGGAAAUUGUGAAGUUCCCCCGUCAGCUUCCUUAGAUUUGGAUUUGGAGUUGAGUCCAGUUGUGGAGUGUGAAGUGCAAGAUGUGAGCUUGAAGUCUGAAAAUGAGUUACAGUUAUCAGAAGAAGUUGCCCAAAAUUCAGAACAUGAAGUUCCGUUAUCGGUUUCCUUUGAUUCGCAGAUUGGGUCGAAUACAUUGAGUGCCAAGGAAGAAGAAGAUGUUUCUGUGGAUGUUGUUGAGUGUGAAUGCCGAGAUGAAAGCGUGAAGGCUGAAAACGAGAUUAAGUUCUCAAAAGUGAAGGAAAAUGGGGAAUGUCAAGUUAACCCCUCAACUUUGAGUGAUUUGGGGUCUAACUUAGUUAAUACCAAGGAAAAGACGGAAGUGGUUGAAGAUGUCGAUUGUGGAAUGGUGGAAACUCCAAAAUGUGAAGUUCCCCUCUCAACUUCCCUGGAUUUGGAUUUGGAGUUGUGUCCAAUUGUGGGGUAUGAAGUGCAAGAUGUGAACAUGAAGGCCAAAGAUGCUGAAGAUGAGGUGAAGUUAUCCGAAGAAGUUGCCCAAAAUUCAGAACAUGAAGUUCCUUUACCAGCUUCCUCUGAUUUGAACUUGGAGACGAAUCCAGUGAAUAGCAAGGAAGAAACUAAGGUGUCUGAGAAUGUUCUUGAGUGUGAUUCACAAAAUACAAACACGAAGGCUGAGAUGAAGGUGAAAUUGUGUAGCGAAGUUGUUGAAAUUGAACAAGAAGUAGCGUCGCCGAGUUCACACGUGACAAUGGAACCUGAAGUUUGUGUUGGUAAUGUUUCUGCCUUAAGCAGUGAAGAUAUUACUGGUGAUGUAACUUCUGGAUGUAGGACAGACAUUUCCCAUAGCUCUGAUGUUGACAAACAAUGUGCAACUAACAUCGAGUUGGAGACAGGAAAUGCUGAAUAUGUUGCUGAUCAAAAUGAUGGUGUUUCUGAAGAUGUUGCUUAUCAAAAUGAUUGUGCUUCAGGAAGCAAUAAUAUGAACUUGGUGUCGACUGACAAUGAUGACACUGAAGAUUCACGAGACAGCAACACACCAUUUAGUUCCAUUUCAGAUAUGACCCACAGGGAUGAAGCAUUUAGUGUUAAGACAAAGAUAAAGCCGUUCAACUUUUUGGUUAGGGUUCCAAGAUUUGAGGAUGAAAGUCUGAAAGAACAAAUCAGGCUGGCAAAGCUGAAUAUCGACGAGAAAACAAAAGUCAGGGAUGCCAUUCAAGUCCAGAUUCGAGAGAAAAGAGCCAAUAGUCAGAUUCAUGGCAUUGAUUAUGAAUAUGCCAAGAGUGAGGGUCGAAAUGCACGAAAGCUUGUGAGGUCGAAACGUAUGGAAAUAGAUUCUCUACAGGCCGUGAUCAACAAAGCCAAGAAUGCAUUAUCUAUUGAGGAUAUUGAUAGUCAGAUAUACAAUAUGGAACGGAUAAUACAACAUGAGACUCUUCAAUUGAAAGAAGAAAAGCAGCUAAUUCGUGAAAUCAAGCAGCUGAAGCAACUUCGCGAACAGUUGUCCUCUAACAUGGGUAGCCAAGAUGAAAUUAAGCAGGCUCUCGAACAAAGGGAGGAGGUUGAAGAACGUCUAAAGAUUCAUAGGAAGGAGCUAGAUGUCUUGAAAGAUAAAGUCUUGAAAGCCGAAACAGCUGCCCUGGAAGCAGAGAAGAAAUAUGAUGAUGAAAACAGAACAGUUAAGGAGCUUCAAGCUCAGUUUAGGGUGGCUGACGAGGUUCGCCAGGCAGCAUAUUUUCAGUGGCAGAAUUUGAGAAAGGAACUGUCGAACAAGGGCCAACAUUUUUCCAAGUACAGGAAUGACGCAGCCAUUGCCAGUAAAUACGCAUUCAGCAGGGACACAGAGGCAGUGUACCGCUUGUGCACGAAUAACGUUGAAGAUUUCAUGGAACUCUGGAAUGCAAACGACGAGUUCCGCCAGGAGUACGCCAAGUUCAACAUGAGAAGUACUUUGAGGAGAUUUGGCACUCUAGACGGCCGCUCGCUCGGCCCAGAUGAGGACCUGCCUGUCCUACCCAGUUACACUGAUGAGAGAGCCUAUAAUAAUAGAGUUACUGUCCGAACACCCACUGAGGCAGACCGGGCAUCACAAUUCCCAGCUCUGAAGCCAAAGCAGGAGAGGACAAGCAUUAAAAGCGUCAAGAAAGAGGUGGGCGAAACUUUUCCUCCUAGAGGGACGGCCAAUGGUCCCAUUUUGUCCGUGCGCGAGAAUGGUUCAUCAGGUGAUGUUUCAAGUGAGGAGAUCACACAGGAAGAGGCUGAGAGGUCGAGGGAGGAGAUUGAGGUGGCCAAGAAGGCAGAGGAGAAGGAGAGUGCGGAGACGGAGGCAAUGCUGAAGGAGAAGAGGCGAAUGGAGGCAGUGGCAAAGGCACAUGAGGCACACGAGAGGAAGAAGCGCCAGGCUGAGAAGAUGCAGAUGAGGGCCGAGCUGAAGACACUCAAGGAGGCUGAGCAGAAAGAAAAGGAAAGGGAGAAGAGACUGAGAAAGAAGGAAAGGAAGAAGGCUGCUGCAACAGAUGGUGUGAACGAUAGCAACAAUAGUGAAAUUGGUCAGAGUUCUGAAAGUGCGGGCGAAAAUAGUAAGGAAAUAGAAGCAAAGGAUGUGUCUUCUUUGAGUUUAUCUAAAAAAUCAAAGAAACAUUGGUUGUUCGGUAAACAAGGCAAGACAAAAUCGAUACCCCCACCUUUUCGUAAUCGGAACAAGAAAAAACUGCAGCAGUGGAUGUGGGUGGGUGUCACUAGCGCGGUUAUUUUAGUUCUGUUCUGGCUGGGUAAUAUAGGUGUAUUUUCAAAUGUAAAUUUCAAGCGAAGGAGCCCCAUUAUAUAA